GGGCCGAGCGGGAGCCGGAGUCUGAGUCUGAGGCGGCAGUGGCGGCGGCAGCGGCAGCGGCAGUGGCAGCAUCGGGAGUAGCGGAGACUGGGAUGUCUGUGCAGGUCGUGUCAGCAGCUGCUGCCGCCAAGGUGCCUGAGGUGGAGCUGAAGGACCUAAGCCCUCCGGAUCCCGAGCCGCAGCUCGGAAUGAGCGCGGCGGCCGUAGCCGCCAUGGCCCCUCCGGCGGGCGCCGGGGACCCCGAAGCUCCUGCCCCGGCCCCGGCCCCGGCCCCGGCUCCGGUCCUGGCUCCGGCUCUGGCUCCGGCCGCAGAGCGGCCCCCGGCCCCCGGCCCCGCCACUCUCUGCCCCGCCGCCGCCCCGCCCGCUGGGAAGGUGCCGCAGGCGUCGGCCAUGAAGCGGAGCGACCCGCAUCACCAGCAUCAGCGGCAUCGCGACGGCGGCGAGGCCCUGGUCAGCCCCGACGGCACCGUCACCGAGGCGCCUCGCACCGUCAAGAAGCAGAUCCAAUUUGCUGACCAGAAGCAAGAAUUCAACAAACGUCCCACCAAGAUUGGACGCCGCUCUCUGUCCCGUUCAAUCUCUCAGUCGUCUACUGAUAGCUACAGCUCAGCGGCUUCAUAUACAGACAGUUCUGAUGAUGAGACUUCCCCACGGGACAAACAGCAGAAGAACUCCAAGGGUAGCAGUGACUUCUGUGUCAAGAAUAUUAAACAGGCAGAGUUUGGCCGGCGAGAGAUUGAGAUUGCAGAGCAAGAGAUGCCAGCACUGAUGGCGCUAAGGAAGAGAGCUCAGGGAGAAAAACCUUUGGCUGGAGCCAAGAUUGUGGGCUGCACUCAUAUCACUGCUCAGACGGCGGUACUCAUGGAGACGCUGAGUGCUUUAGGGGCUCAGUGUCGAUGGGCUGCCUGCAAUAUCUACUCUACCCUCAAUGAAGUGGCUGCUGCUCUUGCUGAAAGUGGAUUUCCUGUCUUUGCAUGGAAAGGAGAAUCGGAAGAUGAUUUCUGGUGGUGCAUCGACCGCUGUGUGAAUGUAGAGGGGUGGCAGCCCAAUAUGAUCUUGGAUGAUGGAGGCGACCUAACCCAUUGGAUUUAUAAGAAGUAUCCCAACAUGUUUAAGAAAAUCAAGGGCAUAGUAGAAGAGAGUGUUACAGGAGUUCACAGGCUGUACCAGUUAUCCAAGGCUGGGAAGCUAUGCGUUCCAGCCAUGAAUGUCAAUGACUCAGUCACCAAACAGAAGUUUGACAACCUCUACUGUUGCCGGGAGUCCAUUCUUGAUGGGCUUAAAAGGACAACAGACAUGAUGUUUGGUGGGAAGCAAGUGGUAGUCUGUGGUUAUGGAGAGGUAGGGAAGGGGUGCUGUGCUGCCCUGAAGGCCAUGGGCUCCAUAGUGUAUGUGACUGAGAUUGACCCCAUCUGUGCCCUGCAGGCCUGCAUGGAUGGAUUUCGACUUGUGAAACUGAAUGAGGUCAUCCGGCAGGUGGACAUUGUCAUCACUUGUACAGGCAAUAAGAAUGUGGUGACAAGAGAGCACUUAGACCGCAUGAAGAAUGGCUGCAUCGUUUGUAACAUGGGGCAUUCCAAUACUGAGAUUGACGUGGCGAGCCUGCGUACCCCAGAACUGACCUGGGAGCGGGUGAGAUCUCAAGUUGAUCAUGUAAUCUGGCCAGAUGGAAAGAGAAUAGUGCUAUUGGCAGAGGGCCGCCUCCUGAACCUGAGCUGCUCGACAGUGCCUACGUUUGUACUCUCCAUCACUGCCACUACUCAGGCUCUGGCUUUGAUAGAGCUUUACAAUGCCCCAGAAGGACGUUAUAAACAGGAUGUCUACCUGCUGCCCAAGAAAAUGGAUGAGUACGUGGCAAGUCUUCAUCUGCCCACCUUUGACGCGCACCUGACAGAGCUGACGGACGAGCAGGCCAAGUACCUGGGCCUCAACAAGAAUGGACCCUUCAAACCUAACUACUACAGAUAUUAAGUUCCUGUAACUGAAGCCAGAAGAUGUGUUAAGGAACAGGACCCCGAUUCUUUUCUCUACUGUACAGGACAGAACCCAGCAAGCUGCUUCCCUGGUCAGAGCCGCCCGCCAUGCUCACCCCAUAGACCAUGUGUUAGAUUAUUUAUUUAUUAAAAACUAGAAUCCUGUGCCCUCAGCCUCAGCCCAUGGUGUGGUUACUGCCCUGAGGGGUAGGAGAGCCACAGAGGAUGGGCUGGGAGGAAGGAGGAAAGGGAGUGGGGAAGCCUCCCCACCCCCCCAACCCAGCCCCUGCAUCUUCAGCAUCUCGCUGUUAGUUUUGAGUUUUUGUGAGGCCGUGUGUCUGUUGUCCAGGCUACCUUUACCCUUCGGGGAUUCCAGAGUCUUUGUCCCUUAGGGGUCUGGGGGGGGGGGAGUUUUGUGACCCAUCUUCAGUAGCUGAGCCUCUCAUCCUUCCCCAGGUGAGGCCUCUGCACAGCCACUCAGUCAGCAUGGCCCCAGGGCCGCAGCCUUGGCCAGCACUAUCACUGCCUUCUCUGAAAAAGCUAUGGAGGGGGAAGGGGGAGCUUCCGUGAACCCCACACGGAUUCAGCUGUACCUGCCUCUCAUCCAAGAUUCCUGCUUAUAUGUUUAUGGCCAUUUGGACAUUGAUUCUCAGGAGACUGUGCCUCCAUGACUUUCCCAGCAGCUCUGGUAUUACUUGGAUUUUUUUUUUUUAAACCAGCUUUCCAAUUCAACCAAAGCUCUGCUCAGGAAGUGGGAACCAAAUCCACUAGGGUCUGUCACUGUUCUCAUGCCAUAUGAGUGGAUAGUAUCUCAGGAAGCCCCUCUAGGCAAAAUUGGAAUAAUCUUGGAGGAGAAUUUGUAAGACUCCAUUUCUCCCCAGAAUCGCCUCUGAGAUUGAGCAAAGAAAAGAGUAUGCAUUCCUCAGGCAGCUCAAGUAUAUUUGGAGUUCAGGCUCCCAGGCCUGCAACUUAGCCAAUUUGGGACACCUUCUAAGGGGGCUAAGAAUUUCUGUCUCCUGGGGGAUUUCCAGUUCGAUUCACUGGCUGAGCUGUUCUAUAACUAUCACUGGGCUUAUAUGUCCAGGGGAUCACAGCUGGUUUGAUUAGUUUUACUUCAUCAAACAUUUAUCCGUAUGGCCAUUACCAUUGAUGGAGCCAGGAUCCAGUUUCUCUGCUGUCUGACUUGUGUCCUUUCUUUUUUGCUUAAAUAUCUCUGCCUGGCCUCUUCCUUCUCUUUUCCCAGCCCCAGGCUCCACUUAUAUGUGAGAAUCCUGUAUUGUCUAUCAUCUAGGGGUGGUUCUUGGGGCAACCCUAAUAUCAAGUAGAGUUUAUUAAGAUAAGUAUCCUGGGACUCUGUAACUCAUUCCAUUGGUGGAUUCAGCUUUGGUUUUUCCCUGGAAGUGCCGGGGCUGGGGCUGGGGCUGGGACUGGGCUGGGCCUUGCAAGGGGCUGGUUGGUCUGAAGGAACCCAGAGAGACCAGGUAGAUUCCAAGGAUUAAUGCUGGUGGUAGGUUGGUUCUAGGGUAUCCCCAGCUACCUUUGACUACUUGGGAACUUCAGUCCUGCCUGAAAGCUACCACAAACCAUUUGGUUUGAGAAUUCAUCUGGACGACUUCUGGUCCUUCAGGUCAGACUUGACCUGGGCCUACACUAACCAAGUUCUCUCACCCUACUCCACCCCUUCAGGCCUUACCUAGUCUUCAUCUUUUACCCUCAGGGCCACCCUGGAAGUGACCUUACCUCUGGGGAUACAGAGAGGAGAGGCUUAGACAAGCGAUCAUUCAUCUCAGUGAAAUAUAUUUGCCAGGUUCUAAUCCACAAACCCUGGUCCUUUGGGGUACUGCCGGCAAUUGUGGGGGGAAAUCCCAACUUAAGCUUUUCCCCUCAGAACCCCAUUACACUUCCCUCUAAGGAUGACAUAUAUGUCUAGAUUCUUCAGCAGACAGUUGCUUCUCUCCUGCUCCUCCAUACCCCUCCUCUCCUACUCAUUUCUGUGUUUCAUGGGUACUUAUUGGUCCUCUGGUCUCCCAGACAGAGCAGAGCCAGUCAUCAGUCAGGUAUCUUGGACUCUGCUGUUCCCUUGAGUCAGAAGCCCCCGCCUAGUGUUCUCCAGGGCCUGGCUCCUCAUAGAGCCCUAUCCCUGCAACUUAAAGAUCAUGGACCACCCCAUUUGUUAAAGAAGCCCAUUGCAUUAUAUAUUGCUUUAGAGGAGUAAGGUGGUGCCCAGAUUAAGUGGCCAAUGCUGUCACCCAGAGUAAUUUGAGUUCUAGAUAACCUGUCUUAACUUCUCCUGGAGCCCUGGCCCAUUAGCCCUAGACAGGAACCAGGACUAGAUGCCCUUUGUUUUGCAUAUCUGGGAGUACCCUUGGUUGUCUACCUUGAGUUUGGGACCCAUCAGCUCAUUGCUUCGGGCGAGCAGCCUGAUUGUCUGGGAACUGGAGAAAGAGCUCCUUGUUCUGUGUCUGGCUCCGGCAUGUCGGAGGUGCUGUUCUCAUCACUGAACUUACUGAUUCUUAGCCCUUAUUUUAAACUUCUGUGUAGAUAUUUAUAUAUUUUUUUUAAAUAAGAAAAAUAAAACUGAAUAUCCCACCUCCUGCUCCCACUUCUGAGCACAGCUCUCCAUAGCUGUGUACUCCUCUAAAGCUUUUUCUGCUGCUGGCUUCUCCUUUAACAGAUCCAGAAUUGCUGCUAUGCUCCUAUGGUUGUCUCAGCAUUAACUCUGUUGUGAUUUUUAAAAAGAAAUCAAAAUGCAUUGUUGCAUAAAGCUUUUUAAUGAAAAAAUUAGGAAAGGAAAAUAGGCAACACCAGCAAAUUAUACGUGGACAAGUCAUUCAAUUCUGAACUCAAUAUAUAUAUACAUAUAUAUAUAUACAUAUAUAUCACGUAAAAUAAUCAUCUAAUUCUUAUUGUCGUUCUACUAAAAGGAAAUAAAAUCUGAUGAUCUACUGUUCCAAAAGACUGUCGGAAAUCUUCAUGUCUGAGUGAUUGUAUUAGAUCAGCAAUAACUACUCUGUAAUCUCAAAACACAAAUAAAAUAUUCAUAAAUUGA